AUCGUGCACCCUGGAGCUAAGGUUAAUUUAUAAUAAUUUCAGAUAAAUGUCCGUCAUAUUAAUAUACAUCUUAGGAGCUGCCCUUAGGUUUGCUGUGUCAGGGAACACCUACCUGGAGAACAGACCGGAGCUAUCGAAUCCUACAAACUCCUGGAGAAGAUUAGUGGAAGGAAUUUAUCUUCAAAAACAAGGAUUAUCUCCGUAUGAUGGCGUUGUAUUCCACGAGUCUCCUCUCCUUCUUCGUUUGUAUAUUCUACUGGAGCCUAUCCUCGUAGAUUACUCAACCCUGUCCUUUAUACUUCUCGACCUUCUCACCUGUCUUAUUCUUGGAAAGAUCGGAGAUGAAUUCGCUAAAACGCUUCUUUCCGACCAGAAGAGAGACAAGAACGAAGUCCAUCCUGAGGCGGGUUCGAUACUGAUCUCCAGUAACCUCCUGAAUACAUUACCUAAAUCUCUCUCAAUCUUCUAUCUGCUCAACCCCUACCUUCUGCUCAAUUGCUCCGCUAAGACUACAACGGUUUGGAAUAAUCUGCUUGUAUCCCUGGUUCUCCUUGGCCAGGUUCAGAGCUCUAGGAUACUGGGAACACUGGCUCUGAGCCUAGCUGCAUACCAGGGAUUCUAUCCAAUAAUCCUCAUCUUUCCCCUCUCCAUUCAGAUAGCUAGAUGUGAAGAUGGAGGGUUGGACUGGAGAGGAUUCAAGUCUGUAUUUAAAACAGUUUCUUGUUUUAUUUUCUUCUCUGGUUUCCUUCUCUUUCUCUCCGCUCAACUGUCUGGAUCCUGGAAGUUUCUAGAUUCAACUUAUGGAUUUAUUCUCUCCGUUCCAGAGCUCACACCGAACAUGGGGAUUUUUUGGUAUUUCUUCACAGAGAUGUUCGAACAUUUUCGAGUAUUUUUCCUGGCAACAUUUCAGCUGAACCUCUUCAUGUACUGUAUACCUUUAUCACUCAGGUUCUGGAGAACCCCUCUCCUUCUCUCUGUAACCCUGGUGGGAUUAACUGCAGUACUAAAAUCCUACCCAGGACUAGGAGAUGUAGGAUUCUUCCUCGCUCUUCUCCCCCUCUUCUCACAUCUUCUACCUUUUCUCAAACAGACGUUUCUGAUCGCUGGUAUCAUGUUGGCAACCACUAUCCUAGCUCCGAUACUCUGGCAGCUCUGGAUAUACAACAAUUCAGCUAAUGCAAACUACUACUUUGCCAUCAACCUAUUCUUCUCCACAGCCCAGAUAUUCCUGAUCACAGAUCUUCUAUUCGCAUCAGUUAAACGGGAUUUCUUCCUAAAGGAAGGAUAUUCUGUGACUGAGAAAGAGAAGGACGGGAAGAAAUAUAUUCUACAGUUGAAAUAGUAAACACGAAGAUAUUUACGCUCGUAAUAUUCAUACUAUUAAGAAACCACCAUUUUGUUUUAUUAUUUUUGAAGUCACAAUUUUCGUUGAUUCAUUCUUUUGAUCAUUUAUUGUUUUUAUCUGUUAAUUUGGAAUUAUGUCUGUGAUUGCUUUGUUGUAUAAAGGGGGGGGGGGUUGAAAUAGCCUGCCAAUGUUAAGCAUCUGGUCUCUUUCUGAUUCUUGAAAAAUUGAAUUCUUAUAAAUAUAACAUAUAUCAACUCAUUGGUCGUGUUAACCUUAAUUCAACAAUACCCCCUUUAACAAUCUAAAAUUGCAUUAAUUGUUUCAGAA